CAUCUCUUGUGUUUACAACCUCUCCAUAGCUAAGACUUUGCCUCUCCAUACCUACCCCCCACUCUACUGUCAGACUUAGAACCACGACAACGACUGAGGUGCCAGUAUUUUUGCUCGAGCGGAGCCCAAUUUCUCAUUGCCCCGAAAUGAAGGAUUCCCCUUUUUCUUGGGCAGUUUUCGAUGUGUCUAAUCGGAAAUGAAGUGGCCAUUUUUUUUGAAGUAGCUUGUGAGCGAUUUUUGAAGUAGCUGCUGUCAUGUUCCAAGCACCUCUGUUUUUUUGUAAAGCUGAUAAACAGAUCUGAUUGUUUUCACCAACUGAACCCAGCUCUAACCAAAGUGUGCGCACACACAGAGCAACCUAACUUGUGCAUGGAAAAUUUUCAACGAGGCUCCUUUUGACAAAAAGAAGAAGCAGGGAACGGAAGGAUUUCUCAUCUUUUCAUGUCUGUUACUUCAGACGUUUUCCAUAUGAAAUUCAGUUAGUCUAGUACUUUUCUGCUUCUUCAGAUGUAAAGCCAAGUAAUUUGUAGUUCUUUAGUCCGAAGUUCUGCUGGAGAUGUACAUGAAUGCAUAUUCAUUUUUUGUACGCUUCUUUUUAGCAAAUAAAUUGUAUUUGGACACUAAAUUUGUUAACAACACAUGAACUAGUGAUUACAGUAUAGGCGGGGUAUUGAUAUCUGACACCAUGAACACUACUUGUUUGUUGUGUUUGUGCAAAAAAUGCCCUUUUUAGAGAACGAACCAGGCAGGAGAACCGUUGUAGCUGCUUACUCAUUGACGCACUAGAAAAUCCAGCCGCUCACUCUGGCUGGCUUUGAGGCACUACUAGAUUAGAGGGGGAUUGGGGUCGUUUUUUGUUUGUAUCAAGUGUAAAUUAAUAGUUUCAACCAUAUAAUCGCCUCCAGGAUUUUUUAGACAUCUUUUUCGUGUCAUUUUUUUCUUCAAGCACUGGUAUGUAGGGGGGCGCCCUUUUUUUGUGUGUGAUUUUUUAUCUUCAGAUCUUCUGCUGAAACCUUUUUUUGAAUCAGUAGGAUGCUGAUACCAUUUUUUCUCUGGGAAAACAAGAGGAUGAUUAUGGAACCUAUCAUUUAGCUGUAGCAUGUUUUCUUUUUUUAUAUAUUUUUUAUUUUUUGUUGAAACCCUAUGAAUCAGUAGCAUGUUUAAUAUUUUUAUUUUUCUCUGGAAUCAAAUGAUAAAUGAUUUACUGAACUUAUCUAUUUAGGAGUGGCAUGUUUAUUUUGUUUUUGUAUCAACUUUUUGAUUAGUAGUUUCAAGCAGAGAAUCGCUCCCAGAGUACUUCUGCGGCACUGAUUAGAACUAGUAAUAAAGCCUAGUAGCUAUAAUAGUGAUUAGUAUCUUUUUUGUUUAUAUACUAGAAGUAGUACUAGUAGCACCACCAUUUUUCUAUGUAGGUACAUUUUAGUUUCAGAGGUUAAACUCAUGACCAUCACAGGAGUAUUCUCUGAUCUGUCGAGUAGCAAAAAAUGAAAUAUCUUAGCCUAGAUUAGCAUCGUUUUCUGAAUUAAUUUAGUCACAAAAACGUAUUAAAAAGCAAGAUUUUUGUCAUUUUUGGGGGGCAGUUUUUAAUUUCAGGAACCUGAACGGACCCUGUGUGAAGCUAUUCGAAACUAUUUUUUGUUUGUAAUUCCUUUUUUUAGAAGAGUGUAAUAGUAACCACAUGUACAGCAAUACUUUCGUUUCUUCUCUUUUCCCGAAACUUGAACCACUAGUCUUUUUACAGCAGAAGUACCUUUUGUUUUGGUUGUACCAUCGGGUAAGCAUGGUUUUUGGGCUUUUUCGCAGUCAAUAAAGCUGUAUGAAUACAUUGUGAAUAUAUAUAUGUUUCUGAGGUCAAAGAAUGACACUGUAAAGUGUUUUUAGUGAGUUAUCCAUUCUAAUUUAUUUUUAUUUUAUUUUUUGCUUUUCUUUUUUUGGAUGUGUACAAGGGGUUUGUGGAGUUUGUUUCAACCAUUGCAAGUAUGAGACUGAGGGAAGCGGUUUCAACAUGUUUGCAUGGGAGGAGUUCAAGAAUGCAGGGGUUGUGCCCUGCAAUGAAAGGGCCCGUUUCAACAAUGUGACAGGAGAGAAGGUGACGUUUGUGGCAAACCAACAGGCAUACACUGUAAAGUGUUACAAGGGUCACAGAAAGAGCGCUAUGUAUGGGAGAGGUUGGAGGAAGUUCUAUGAAGACAACAAGCUGGGCAAGGGUCAGAUGGUGGUGUUCUUCAUGUUCAUGGAUCAACCUUCGCCUAUGGCAUCUAUUUUGUGGUUCUAAGUGGGCAACGGCUCCGUAGAUGAACAACCUAUGGAGGAGGGUGAUCCCAUUGAAGCUUCAGACUCAGAUAAUGAGGAUGGAGGAGGUUCAAGUGAUGAUGGUGAAGGCAUUGUUCGCACUAGGGGGCUUCUGCUUAAUGAGAGAGAGGAUUUUCAGCUACAAGUGCUGCUACCUCUCAGUGAUGAUUUCAUCGGGUUUGCUUUUGUUCACCGCCUCACAAGGACAAACAUUUGCUUGGGCAUGAUGAAAAUACCCAAGAAAGUUGCUGCUGCCACGCUGUUUGAAGAACAGGGGGUUGUUGGUAUUUCUGUGGAUGGUGGGAGAUUCAAAAAAGUCUCAUACAAAACUGCUGAUGAUGACCGCAUUGUGUUUGACAGCAAGAAGUGGAAAGACUUCGCAGCUAGCAGAGGACUCAAAGUCAACACAACUGUUCUUAUUGGCUUCAAGAGCAGCGAGAGGGAUGAUGUCCAUGUCCUGGUUAUCUUGAAGAAGCUUGGCUAGGCACCAGCCAGAACAACUGAUGACAAGCAGAGCUGCGUCUAUAAUACUCAUCUUUUGGGUAUUUCUAUAUAUUUUUUGUGUCGAAGUCUGUAUGACGAACCUUUUUUUCAUUUUUAUGCCAUGCUGAACCUGUCAGUGUAGUUUCCAUUUUCUUAUGUGUCCACCGAACAAUGCGGCUUGAAUAACAUAUGAUGGGAACCCUUUUCUACAUUA